CUCAUCCUAAUCACUAGUCUCAAAUUCAAGCAUGAAGUUUUGGGGCAAACUGAAGGGAAAGGCCAAACUGGUUUGGGAUAAUAUGACCAUUGAACCAGCCGUGUUCUUCAUAUUCUUUUCCCAAGGGUUGGACGGCAUUUCCGAAGAGCAGCUAUUGAUCGUCAAGACUUGCCUCAACGAUUUCGAUUUUGGGCCCGAAGUGUGCGACGACCUUCUGUCAGAGAACAAUACCGCCAUUAAUAGUGAGGUCCAGAAUCAGGUGUCUGAUUUUAAGGUGUGGCAAACAUUGGCCAAGAACAUUUUCCCGUUAUUCUUUGCCUUCUACAUUGGAUCCUGGUGCGACUUGUUUGGCCGUAAAGUUGUCAUGUACACCUACUUGAUUUUCCAACUCAUCGCUCAAGGCCUUUUGGUGCUCAAUUCGGCCUUUAUGAGCUGGCCCAAGGAGAUUCUCCUCACUGGACCCUUGUUAACAGGGCUUGUGGGCGGUUACAGUGUCUUCAAUUUGGCCAACGCAGCCUUCAUCUCCGAUGUUUCAAAACCGGAGCAUCGGGCUUUUCGAUUGGGAUUAAUCCACAUUGCUUCAUCGAUUCCAAGACCAUUUGUCGGACCUAUUGGGGCGUGGCUCUUGCGGGAGGGUGGAUUUGUUUGUGUUACCAGUGCAUCUUUUGUGGGUAUCUUCCUCAGCCUAAUCCUGCUCUACUUUAACUUGAGACGUUUUGAUUGGCAACCACCCAAGAAGGAAUUUCAACUGAAUGUGUUCAGCUGUCGUCAUCCUCAAGCAUCUGUAAAGGCACUGGUGAAGAGACGCCCAGGAUCUCGAAGGCUGUAUCUGUUCCUGGUCAUGAUCACCAUUGCUAUGAUCAUCUCGCCUUUCUCCGGUGAAGGCCAAGUCCAAUAUCUGUUUGUCCGAACCAAGUUUGGUUGGGGUGUAGAUGAGUUCAGCAACUACCGCUCGUUCGAUUCUACCAUAGGAAUCUUAGGCGAGAUUUUUUGCAUUCCCGUUUUCGCAUGCCUGAAAAUGAACGAAAGUGUCGUGUUCCUAAUUGUCACCCUCUCGCCAUUCCUCAGGCAUCUGGUCCAAGGGGUGUCAGUUUAUGCUUGGAUGUACUAUUUAGGUGCUAUUUUCGAUUUGAUUGGACGUUAUUCCACGUCCGUGGGAAAGGCUAUGAUAUCGGCCUGUGUUCCUUUGACUGAGUUUGGCAAGAUCUUGGCGUUCAUCACGGUCUUAGAUUCUAUCAUUCCAAUGAUCAUUGCUCCAAUUUAUUCGGCAUUGUGGAAGAGUACGGAGUCCACUUAUCCCGGAACAGUAUUCUUAUUAUCAGCUGGUCUCACUCUGGUCUCCGUAAUUUGUGCUGCGACAAUCUUGAUUCAUUCCAAAUGUGAAAGAUUUUGCCAAAAAUCGACCGAGGCCGAAAAUGAAGAAGGGCAAAAAAGUACAGGAGAGGAAAUGAAACCCAAACCUCUAGAGGCUUGGACCUUCGAGACCUAUUGGCUAACUCCUUUAUAAAUAUCACUGACUUAUAAAAGACCACCAACAAGCUCAUCACUUAUUGUACGUCGAAUCAAAAUAUCAAUCUCUGACUGGAGUUGUUGGCUCAGAGCAAAUGGCUUACAUGCAUAUACACACGGGGGCCAAGUGAUUACGUCAAGGGGCCAUUCAGUUUUCCGCUCUUUUGUUUCACUUCCCAACAUUUUCCCUAAAUUCAAAGGAUGGACUCCAAUUGAAAAAAAGCCAUUUCAAUGAUAGAUAACAUAAUGAGGCCAUAAAGGUUGAUAAUAGAACAUUUGAAUGUCUUUUCCAGAUUCUCUCAAAAACUAAGACUAAAUAGCAAAGAAAAAAACAUCACCAUGGUGAAGUGCUAGAAGGGGAUGCCGUGGUAGUAGGUUUGACUGAACCAAGAUUUCAC